UCUAAAGUCAGCACCCCAUAUUAUGCAGACCUCACCCCAACCCUGCCCAAACUGAGCCAGUGGACUUGGGGCCUCCCCCCACCUACUGCCGAGGUGUGUUGGGAGAGCAGAAACCCAUUGUGACCUUCAAUCUGUCAGCCAAGAUGGAGCCCUGGAAUGCAGCGCCUAGGCAGCUGGCCUGGCACCUGGGCCUGGGGCAGAAGGUGAAAACCGAACUUGACCUUGAGGUUCUGAAAACAGUAAUUAGGGCAGAAGAAGCAAGACUUCAUCUUUUUGUUGAGAGCCCAACAUGACUAUAACAGUUUGCCUAACGCAGACCUUACGAGUGACUGAUUUAUUAUAAGCAUUGCUGAAAGCUGAGUUUACUGAUUAUUAGAUCCUCAGGGUUGUUUAGAGUGGGGCCAUCUAGUAACAGAAUUGCCGGGCCUCUGAGGGGCUGAGUUUCCAGAUCCUUCCUCCCACCUACCAUUAGGGUCAUCUAGUGCCCCAUCUCUUUUUGGGGGGUAUGUGUGGAGAGGAGGAAAUCCCAAAACAGAGGAUUUGGCCUGAACCCAGGACAUUGGGUGCUAACCACUGAACUACCAGCACCAGUACAUACUGUCUUUGGAGAAACUGAGGGAGGCCCCCAAACAGAGCACUAAGGCAGAAGCCAAAGUGGGAGCCAGGAGUCCACCACCUCCCCGAGCCCUGCCAAUAUUUGCAAACUAUAAGUUGUAGGCAGUCCUUGAGAAUUGGGUGGAAGCCCCUGAGCCAGGAAGGCAAUUGACCCUGCCUUGUCAGUAUCACGGUUUUCUGCCCCAGAUAACAGACCUUUCUUCCAUUUCUGAUUUCUGACUUUAUAGGACUCCUCCUACAAAUGGCAAUAUGAUAAAUCUCUUUCAGUGAUAACAUUAGUAAGCUUCUUUUGUGGGGUGAAAUUGCAUGAUUCAACAAAGGACAGAAGUCAAUCAGAUCUGUAUUUUUUUUUCACUUCAUUCAAUACAUGUUGAUUGAGCACCACCUCUGUUCCAGGCCAAUGCUGGACACUGGGGAUAGAGCAAAACAGCAUGGUCCCUACAGUGGGAGCCCAGUGACUGUCCUCUACCCCUUCCCCUCACAGGAAAAGUAAUGUUAAGGAGUUACAGAAUCCUCAUUGAAAUCCCAGCUUUAUCACUCACUAGCUGUGUGACCUUAGGCAAGUCACUUAACUUCUCUGAGCCUCAGAUUCCUCAUCUAUCCAAAAGAAGCUUUGAAGGCCGCUGGAGCAGCGUUGGUCUAAGAAGGAAAUGUGGAGAGGGGAGGUGAGCAGGCCUAGCAUGGAGAAUGGCACACAGUAAGUGCCCUCUGACUUGGUUACUUGUAGGUGAGAAAGCAUGGAGGAGGCUGCCCCAUCCUUCAGAAGGCCUAAAUGUCUAUCCUGGGCUUUGCUGUACUCCUGGCCCAAGGCUGCAGCUGGCAGGGAGCCUCAGUGCAGAGUCCUCAGCAAUGUCCUACUCUAUGCUAGGCUCUUGGAGGGUGCUGGAUUCCACGUAAGGGAGCCUGUUGCCUCCUCACCACAGCCUGGACAGCUGAAGAGUCACCAGUGCCACUUUAAAGAUGGGAAACUGAAGCUCAGCCUGGAUCAGGGACUUGCUCCAGGCACUUCUUGGGAUUGGGGUUUGUCUGUCAGGAUGACUGUCCUCCCCACACUAGUCGCUAGAGGGCGCAAGGGCUCAGCAGACUGAGUUUGGCGAGCUCUUAUCACCAUCCUAGGCGUCCAGCCCUGCAUACACCCUGGUGCCAGGAGGGCCGGGAAUAGUGUGACCUCAAAGGCUCUGCACUGCGGGGAAGAGAAGUAGGCCACAGACUUGGGAGGAGGAGAGGAGAAAAGGGGAACUGGAGGUGAGAACUUGAGAGGCCCUUGUGGCUUUUCUCACGGAGACUCCCAGAUGUCUAGCUCAGCACUUAGAUUCUACCUCUCUAGGGUCUCAUCAGAGAUGAGUGUCUCUCUGUCUCUCUGCCCCUCCCUCUCUUGUGUCUGUACUUAUGUCUCUCUCUGUAUCUCCCUUUUCCUCUCUGUCUCUGUAGAUUUCUUUAUUUCUCUCUCUGUGAUUCUUUUUCUGUACACUAUGUGCAUGUAUGUGCGCGUGUCUGUGUUUUCUGUCUUAUCUUUGUGUCUCUGUAUCUCUGCCUCUAUCUCUCGUUGCGUGUUCCUGUGUGUCUUGUUGUCUCUACCUCUCUUUGUCUGUCUGUCUUUUAUUCAAUAUCUCUCUCUUUUUACAUCCCUGCCUCUAUCUCUUUUUGUUUCUAUCUCUGUCUUCCUCAAUUUCACAUCCUGUCCCUCCCCCAGCCAACACCACCCAGCACAUGUGGGCUGAGGGUCUCAGUCCCUUCCCUCCCAAUUCCUCACCCCUGGCAGCUGCUUACAGCUUCCCAAUCCUGGCCUCUCCUGCCCGCCCCUCUUGGGCCUUGAAGGAGGGGGGCCAGAGAGGAAGGGAGGGCAGCUUGGUGGGCCCACCCCUUUUUGCCUUUCUAGGCUGGGAGGCUGGGCCAGUGUGGGCCUUUUAACCAGCCCAGGCAGGCUGUGCCGGACACCAGCCCUGGACGCCGUGCCUGGCCCCUGUGGUCCCAGCAGCCGCCAGCCUGGCCAGCACGGCCAGCCCAGCCAGCAUGCAGCAGCAGCCCCCACCGGGACCCGUGGCCCCUGCAGCAGAGCCAACCAAGCCUCCCUACAGUUACAUAGCCCUGAUCGCCAUGGCUAUCCAGAGCUCCCCAGGGCAGCGAGCCACACUCAGCGGCAUUUACCGCUACAUCAUGGGCCGCUUCGCCUUCUACCGCCACAACCGGCCUGGAUGGCAGAACAGCAUUCGCCACAACCUGUCACUCAAUGAGUGCUUUGUCAAGGUGCCCCGCGAUGACCGCAAGCCAGGGAAGGGCAGCUACUGGACACUGGACCCCGACUGCCACGACAUGUUUGAGCACGGCAGCUUCCUGCGCCGACGCCGACGCUUCACCAGGAGGGCAAGUGCUGGGGGCUCCAAGGGCCCUGCCAAAGCACGCCGUGGACCCCUCAGAGUGACCAGCCAGGACCCAGGAGUCUCUGACACCACGACUGGCAGGCAGUGCCCAUUCCCAGUGGAGCUGCCAGAGGCCAAGGGCCUAAGCUUUGGGGGCCUGGUGGGGGCUUUGCCAACCAGCAUGUGCCCAGCAACCACUGAAGUCAGGCCCCGGCCAUCCAUGGAGCACAAAGAGAUGCCCACACCCAAGCCUGCAGGCCCAGGGGAGUUCCCUGCAGCUACCUCGUCUUCCCCAUGCCCAGCAUUUGGCUUUUCUGCUGGUUUCUCUGAGGCUGAGGGUUUUAGCAAGGCCCCGACACCCAUCUUGACCCCAGAGGCGGGCAUUGGGAGCAGUUACCAGUGCCGGCUGCAGGCCCUGAAUUUCUGCAUGGGGACUGACCCAGGCCUUGAGCACCUCUUGGCAUCAGCAGCCCCCUCCCCUGCACCUCCCACCCCUCCAGCCUCACUGCGGGCCCCGCUGCCCCUGCCAGCUGAUCCCAAGGAACCCUGGGUUACAGGCAGCUUCCCUGUCCAGGGAGGCUCUGGUUACCCACUGGGGCUGACCCCCUGCCUAUACCGGACGCCAGGAAUGUUCUUCUUUGAGUAAAGCCAGCCUGGCCUUGGGCAGUCCCUGCAGGACCCCUGCCAACAAGGCUGAGCCUGACUCUAGGAUCUGGGAGCUCUCAAAGGACCCAGGCCUGGCAAGCCAAUGACAACCAGGACAGGAAGCCAAGACUGGAGUGGUGAACACUCAGCCAGCCCCCAGGACCUCCGGACAGACUUGGGGGUGAGGGGAAGUGGGGCCCCCUUGGGAUUUACUCUGUGGCUCUCGGGGCCAAUAAAGCAGUGUGAUGAUGAGG